CGCUGUUCGGCAUUCAUUCAGUACGCAGCGAACGAGCCGACGGAGCAGUCAUAGAGAAACGCUACUGGCAGUAUACGUGUGUGCGUGAGUCAUCACCGUUCGCGUCACUAUGGAGAUCAGCUUAGUAACGCUGGCCCUACUGGUUGGCCUGUGUGUGGCAGUUUACCGGUACGUUACGAAGAACUACUUUUAUUUCGCCGACAAACCCAUCCCGUUCAUGAAACCGUCCUUCCCGUUCGGCAAUGCGGGACCGAUUCUGAUGAAAAAAGUGACACUGUUCGAACACUUCAAAAAUCUGUACGACGCGUUCCCGAAUGCAAGAAUUCAUGGCACGUUUAACAUGCGCCAACCGGUGUACAUCGUGCGCGAUCCCGAGCUGGUGAAGCAGAUCACGGUAAAGGACUUUGACUACUUCGUGGACCACAUGACCACGGGCAUGGAGCAGACGGAGGACAACAACAGCAACCAUCUGCUGCUCGGCAACUCGCUCGUAUCGCUGCGGGGACAAAAGUGGCGCGAUAUGAGGGCCACCCUCAGCCCGGCAUUUACCGGCAGCAAGAUGCGGCUCAUGUUCGCCCUGAUCGCUGACUGUGGCAAAUCGAUGGUGGAACACUUCCGGGAGGAAGAUAAGAAGGCCCGGGCGGCCGGUGGCACCGGCUAUCAGCUGGAGAUGAAGGAUGUCAUGACGCGGUUCGCGAACGAUGUGAUCGGUACGGCCGCGUUCGGCAUCAAGGUGGACUCGUUCCGCGAUCCUACCAACGUGUUCAUCACCAUGGCACGGUCGGUCACGAACCAGGAGUCGCUGGUGAAGGCGCUGAAGAUGAUCGGCUACACGUUCGCGCCUAAGUUGAUGACGCGGUUCAACAUCGAUUUCCUCACGCCGGAGGAGGAUCAGUUCUUCCGCAGCACCAUACUGGAGACGAUGCGGACGCGCCAGGAGAAGGGCAUCUUCCGGCCGGACAUGAUCGAGCUGUUGAUGCAGGCGAAGAAGGGCAGUUUGAAGCACCAGCAGGCAGAGGAACCAAGGACGGACAGUGAAACCGGGGAAGGGUUUGCGACCGUGGAGGAGUCGCACGUCGGGCGACGUGCGCACGAUCGCGUCUGGACGGACACGGAGCUGAUUGCGCAGGCGUUCAUUUUCUUCUUCGCCGGGUUCGAAACCAUCUCCUGGACGAUAUCGUUUGCGCUGUACGAGCUAGCGGUGAACGAGGACAUACAGGCCCGACUGUACGAGGAGGUGCGCGAUGCGGAACAGUCGCUGGAGGAGGGGAAAACGCUCACGUACGAACAGCUGCAAUCGCUGCCGUACCUGGAUAUGGUCGUGUCGGAAACGCUCCGACGGUGGCCCAUCGCAACGGUGCUGAAUCGCGAGUGCGUCCGGAACUAUCAGUACGACGAUGGGCAGGGCACACGGUUUACCAUCGAGAAGGGAACGCUGGUCUUCAUACCGGUCGUGGGCAUUCAUUUCGACCCGAAGUACUUCCCCGAGCCGGAGCGUUUCGAUCCCGAACGGUUCAGUGCGGCCAAUCGCAACAACAUCCAACCGGGUACGUACCUACCGUUCGGUGCUGGUCCACGCAAUUGCAUUGGUUCCCGGUUCGCACUGAUGGAGGCAAAGGCAGCGCUGUACUAUCUGCUGCUCAAUUUCCGUCUCAUACCCUGCGCUAAAACGCAGAUUCCGCUCAAGUUGAAAAAAUCGUCCACUCAGUUUGCCACCGAGCAGGGCAUCUGGUUGGAGUUCCAGUCGAGAAGCAGUUGAGUUGAGGGGAUGUGCGACCGGUUGUUGCAUGUAUUUUAAUAUCUCUAGCUUUAGUCAUUUGUAAUACGCGAGGCACAGUGCAAAAUAUAAUCGUCCAAUCAAGA